AUGCCUCAAGCCAGCAUAGCUUCAAACAGCAACUCUGCUGAAAAAUCCAACACCGGCCAGAAGACCGAAUUCCUCGACCUACCACUUGAGCUUCGCGCCAUGAUCUACAACCAUGCCCUAGCCGUCGACAACGAUACAUAUGAGGUCGCGCAUAUCGCUUGCUCAUAUCGCUUGCUCAAGCUGCCCGAUCAUUUCGCCCUUCUUACCGUCAACCAUCAAGUCGCCAAUGAAGUCAAGGCCAAUGUUACCGCCAGAAGCUUCAAGUUCACAAGCACAUACGCACUCGACAACUUCCUGUUCUGCGAAAAGCAUGAAGUCCUGCAUCUCAUGAUGGCAAACUUUAACGUGCUCUGCAAGGCGAGCAGAAUCGUGGUUGUCGUUGGAAAGAGGCCAUUCUCACGCGCCGUUCGUGACCAUUGCGUCCAAGUCUACGAUACGAUGACCGAGCUACUGUCCAAGCUACUAGAUUUUGAAUUUGUCGACGCUGGGAACAGUGAUCAGCGCAUCAUGCUUGCCACGCUGAACAACAUCGAUCUAGGAUCGCAAAUAGUCACAGUACUGCCGAGUCGCCGCAUGCAAGUACCACCAACAAGACUGGUCUCCUCGACCUUCCGCUUGAAAUUCGCGGCAAAAUCUACGACAAAGUCCUCGUCGUUGACAACGACACGUACGAGAUCGAGGCUAAAUCAUCGUCACGCUGGUCCCGCUAAAGGGAAAUCAAUCGUUGUCGGCAUGAGACCCCACUCCCGCCGCGUCCGCCGGCAUUGGGACCAGAUCCGCUAUACUCCAGCCGAGCUCUUGCCAGAGUCUCCUGGAAUUGAGCUCGUAGACAACGAGGGCAAUGAUGUUGGUGUCAAGCGUCCGAAAACCACUGAAGUCGUACGACAAGAAGCAGAUCGUUAUUGCGAAGUAGAUGAGGACACAGGAGUAAUUCUUUCUUAUUCAUUCGAGUCAGUUAUCAUCGCAACCCUGAGAAGGACAAGUUCGGAACCCGAGAGGAGAAGCAAGAAGUCAGGACAGAUCAGAGGUCGCGCUUUGCAAACGAGCGGUACUCGAUGCAUGCGAUCUCAGAGCAAGGAGCUAUUGGAGAAGAACACCCAAGCCGAAGAUGAGACGAUCGAGCAGGGAAAAGACGAGCAGAUCAUCCAGGACGAAGAAGAUACCAUGCAAGACCGAAGAACCGAGGAACGAAGAGCCAUGCCAACAAGACCAGUGUCUCGGCGGAAUCAUAUGACCUCCUUGAGUGGAGUGUUGCUGCUCUUCACAAGUAUUGAGUGGGACAGUCGGGCGGAUGUUGUCAACAAGACGAGUCACGAUUUCAGUGGUUGGUUAGUCCAUGGCAGUCUGAACCACAUUAUUGACUCUCGCGAUCUGCUCGAUGCAGACUUUGCAGGUCAACUCAACGAGGUAUCAGGCAGUUAUGAUGUACACAUCAGGUCCAAGGACUCUCAAGGUGGUCAAAAUGAACCAAGGGAUAUGAGUGGAGAGGGCUGGCUCUCUGAAGAAAGUUACAGCAGCGUAAUGCAGAGUGCGGGUGUCAAACUGUUCUCCGAGGAGGUACGAAUUGUCGUGCAAGUCAAGUAUGCGGCCCAUGGUAUCAUCGGAAGCGGUAGUGCGUAG